AUGCUCACUGUGCCCCCAAAGUGUUGGCCCCUCUCCACCUCAAAUGAGAUACUUUUCAAUGUCGUUGCGCAUCUCGUAACAGGCGACGACAUCGACGUUAAAACUCUACUCAACCUAUGUCGUUCCUCACGCGUUCUCCUCGACAUUGCGCAACCAGCACUCUACACCUGCGUUCGAAUAACGGAGCCAGCGGUAGACCCCUUGAAGCCUCUCAAGAUCUUUCUUAGAACUUUGAUGGAACGUCCGUCAUUGAGCAAAGAGACGCAAGAGCUUGCUCUGAUCAACGACCGGCACCUCCACUUUACAGCUCAGAUUGAAGCACCAUGUACUUUGUUGGAACGUGUCCAUGAGUUGCAGGCCGAUUCCUCGAUUUUCUCCAAGUUGAAGACGUUUCAUCUACACAAGAAGUACGAACAAGGCCCGGUCAACAUAAAGGAGUACAUCCAUCUUAUGCGAUACCCUUCAUUCAAAAGAUUCUCAACCGAGAACGAUGUUCCUCAUAUCAUAGGCGAACCUCGCGCAAUUAAUACCCUGACGCAAUCGGCUGUUGAAUUGCUAUGGUGCAUAGCGCCAUUGCCUACAAUGAGACAGCUGUUGGAUGUCUGCCCUCGUCUGACUCUCUUUGAAUUCGUUGUUCCUGAUCGAGCCCGUUACACAUCAAUGUUAGAUGUGGGCCAUGAACCGUUGGUUGGACCACAAGAACUUGUCGAGGCGUUGCUCAAAACACACAGCCAUACUCUAAAAUCUCUUCGUCUAGAUUUUCAUCAUUUCUACGACAUUAGCGAUCCGGACAUGCUAGAGGAACUAGAGCAACUUGGCGAGACACCAGAGGACUGCUGGAUGACUUAUUCAUCAAUGCGUGGCUUUGAGAAUUUGACGCACAUGACCAUUGAGUUCCAAAAGCUCGUCAAGGUUCACAAACUCCCGGCAUCGUUAGAGUCGUUGAACCUUGAACUUUGCGAGUUUGCGGAUCUGAAUAAGGAAUUCCUUGACGAUUUGAUUCAGCUGAAAGAAAAGUGGUGUCCAGUAAUUGAAAGUGUUACUGUGAGCGGUUUGGAGAAGACCAACGAGGAUGGACGGACGUUGACAUUCUUGGGUGUGGGGUAUCAGCUACGGAUACAAAGUUAUCAGCUUUUGAUCACCGGGUGA